AAGCGCGGGAAAACAUGGCGGAAAGGGUCAUUGUAGGAAAUUAUUGUUGCCGUGUUUAACAGUUCGUUAAAACUAGUUGUAUUACGAAAUCCGUCGACAUUAGCUACUUGAAAAUUCUUCCGUUGUCGUAAUGGAUCCUUCAGAAGUAGAAUUUCUAGCCGAAAAGGAAAAAAUAUCUAUUCAAACUAACUUCUCUGAGGACAAGAUUUAUUUGAUCGGGGUAGGUGUAUUUAUAACCAAGAAAGAACGAUAUAAAUGAAUACUUUUGUUUUUUAAUGAGACGAAGAGACGCAUUCUCGACGAAGGCUAUUUGCCAGGGCUCUUUAUUGGAUUACUGAUACUGAGGAUGCAACGCUUGGAAUAAUUCUGUGUACGUGAAUUAUGUGCAGGCUUCUAAUGGACGACUCGACCACAAUUUUCUAUGCUAUUUUCACUUUUUGAUGCAAUUUACACUUUCUGAUUUGCAGGGAGACAUUGGACCAUUUAAUGCGUCUCUGCCUACGGAAGUACCCCUGUGGAUUGCGAUAUUUUUGAAACAGAGAAGAAAAUGCAGAAUACUGCCUCCCGAUUGGAUGGAUGUUGGUAAAAUGUUGUUCUCAACUCAGAUUACAAGUAGUACAAAUUUUCAUUACCAAAAGAGCCAUUAAGGGUGCUAAAUAAGGUGGAGAAGCAAUCAUAGGCCCAAGAAUACUCCAACACUAUUUUAAACCACAUCUUACAAACAAGGUCUCCUCCGUAUUAAUGCAAAAGGGAGAAAUCGAGAAAACAAUCAGACAUGCUUCUGAACGCCAGUUGGACAUUUAUGCAUGGUGCUUUUACUGGAAAAAGCUAGUUGGGUAGAUUCUGUAAUGUGCUUGGGUAAGAUGCCUUUCAUUCCUACUCCUGUAGGGGAGAGGGGGAUAUUACUUGCUAUGAACAAACCUAUUGUUACUACAGAAGGAUUAAGGACCAUAGUUGGUUCAUGCUGCAGAAAUAAGGAUAAACUCUGGUGGCUAAGCAGUGCAACCUCAAUAUGCAGACUUAACUGCUUGAAAAUGCCAGCUUCCUCAAUCAUUUCACUUCUGUGUAUCUGUUGUAGACCACCCAGCAACAAAAUUAGUUACCUGCAAUUGAAAUUCAUUUUAAUUGCCUUUUUUUUCAUUUAUAUGCACAUUUUUGAGGGUGGAAGGUGAUAUACUUAGGUUAUACCCCCUGGCCUUGCUUGCUGUCUUUUAAGUACUAGAUUGCACCUUAAAUGUAAUUCUGUGGUCAACCAAUUUGCUGAAUCAAAAUUGAAUCUUUUUUUUUUUUUUCAGAAAGGUUGCAGGAACUUAAGGAAAAAGAGAAAGAGGCAGAUUUCUUUACCAAAAUGCCUUCUAAACACUACAUGGAAGUAGCUUCUCUUCUCCUCAACAGGUAUGUUUUAAUUAAGUAUGGUAAAAUGGUAUGAUUAAAAAAUUUAGUAAAUUAAGUUAGUAACAUGAAUUGGUUAUUGCAGAAGGAGCUUUCUUGUAGGGUUUAUUAUGUAGUGUUAAGUGACCUUCAGGUCAAAAAGAGUUAAGUUUCUUUUUUCUUGUUAAUCAGUGUUCAUCAGUCUGGUAACUAAAGAAAGGGAAAUGCAAAUCAAACCAGUUUAAAAUCAUGUAUUAACCCUUUAACCCCCAAGAGUGACUGGCAUCUAAUUUCUCCUUACCAUAUCACCUCUGAAUCAAACAUGAAGGUCGUGAGAAUAAAGGAAGUGGUCACCAACUAAAGAAGCUCUUGAUUGUUAGACAAAUUCUCCUUAUCAGCACCUUAGGAAAUUUUUAGAGAACAGUAUGGAGAAUAUGUAUACUGAUGUUAGGGUGUAAAGGGUUAAGUUUAAUCAUUGAUUUUGUUUGAUUUUCAGUCAGUAUGGCAUUAGUCAGUGAAACUCAUAAAUCAUUUAACCCUUUUCAUCCAACCAUCAGUACACAUAUCCUCCAUACUGUUCUCCAUAUAUUUCUUUAGGUGCUGACAAGGAUAAUUUGUUUAACAAUUAAGUGCCUCUUUAGUUGGUGAUCAUUUCCUUUAUUCCCAUGACCCUAAUGUGUGAUUCAGGGGUGAUAUUGUGAGGAGAUAGUAGAUACUAGUCCCUCCUAAGGUUCAAUCAGUUAUUGAGUCCAUCAGUCAGUCAGUAUGUACAACUUGUGGUUUCAGUGCUUCAGAUGAUAUUCCUCAUGCAGAUGAAGUUCGCACAUUAAUUAAAGACAUCUGGGACUUGAGAAUUGCCAAGCUUAGAAAAUCUAUUGACAUUAUGGUCAGCCAGCAGGAAGUUUAUGCCAGAGUAAGUUUUUUCCUGUGACAUGCAUAGGGUUUCCUUACAUUUGUGAUGGUAAGGAAGUGAUCUGGGACUUGAUCAUAACUAUCAGAGAAGUGAUACAGAAUACCAGAACCUCUCCCAUUUUCCUUAGGAUUAGAUGAAUGGGAUCAUGCCACUCUUCCCCCAUGUGAGAUCAUAGUUUUGCACACAUAAAGUGACACAAUUUUGUGAUUGUUAUUAGGACUUUUACCUGCACUAUCUCAAAAUUUUAGUGCGCACACUAUCAGGCCACAAAAUCUCCCUGAACAAACAAUUAUAAACGAAAAAAACAGAUACAAUAUGAAACAUAGCAAGUGUGUAACCUGCAGGGCAAAUGAUUAUAGGGUAGGAUAUUGCUUUGCAAUAGUUUGAUCACUUUUUACUGAUAUUUUUUGUUUUGUUUUCACAGUUGGAUGAUUUGUCAUUGAUGGAGAUAAAUGUGAUUCGCCCAUUCCUGACACAAGCUCUGGAUCAUAUGCACAACUUGAGGUGUCAUGUUGCAGAAAAUCCAAGCAACACUUAACAGAAGGUUGUGAAAAGAUUGUGACUGUAACUGUGACGUAACAGAAGGUUGUGAAUUCAAUGCAUCACACUUCAGGGUGUCUUUAUGUCUGUUUAUACAACCACUAGAAUCUAGUAAUAGCACUGUUCUUACUACACUAGUGUUGAAACAGUACAAGUAGGUCUGGUUUUCCUGAAAAUAAAAGCAGAAAUCUGCAAGUAAGCUUGUAAAUACACUAAGAUGCUGAUCUUGAAAUGCUGUUAGUCUGGAAUGUGACACUUCAAGCUACAACAGUUACUUAUAUAGUUGCCAUGGCAAGUGAAAAUGUUUGGUGAUUAAAUUUGCAGUUUAAGUGUAAUCUGGAACAAGUGUCUUCUUAACAAAAAUGUAAUUAAUAGCUACCAUGUGUCUUUCUUAAGGCUGUAUUCUCAUUGGUGAGUGACUUUUGAAAAGCAAUAUUUCACUUUUCUGGGGACUCUGUGGGUAAAUUAUAUCAAACUGAUCAAAUGGCCAAAACACAAGGUGAUCAGAAACAAUUAGUUACUUCCUAGAAAAGUAAACUUUGCUUUAGAUUUUGUCACUUAAAUUUUUCAGCUAACAAAUGAGGAUGGUUAGACUACAAACUGCUUGAAGCUUGGAAAAAUGCAAUUACCAAACUUGAGAUUUUCUAGAGCUGAAUCCAAGAAAAUUUCCCUUAACUUUAUGAUGUUUCCACCUUAACUCAGACCACCCUUUUUUUCCAAUCUGGUCAACCCUCUUUUCUGGGUGCUACAGACCCAUCCCACAUCAGACCCAUAUCUAAUGAAACUCUGGAGACAAGGGGGAAAUGAUGAUGGACAUGUCAACAUGGACUCCUGCCUCCUGUAAGGGUGGUGAAGAUGUUGUGUAAGCAUAUUUCUUACAAUCAGAUGCAUAGUGCUUCUUUCCAAGACAUAUUACUGGCAUUUUGGAUUUGCAAAGUAAAGAGAGGAUUGGGAGAAAAUUAUAUUUCUGCAAAGGAGGUCAAUAAGAGAAAGGAUUAAGGUGGCGCACAGAGGAAAUUGCUCCAUCUUUCCUUACCCUCCCUUCCCUACCAAUUUUUACCAGAAUAAAAAAUUGCUUGGUAAUUUUACUAACUUGCACUCACCUAACCCUUUAACCCCUUUAACUCCCACAAGUGAUCAACAUGAAACUUCUCCCUAUAAUAUCCUUACAUUAUCUGACAAAUAGCUAAUGAGAAUACUCAAACUUAUCAGAUGGAAGUUAUCUUUAUCUAACACCAAAUUCUCAUAAGGGAUGUGUCGAAAGAAAAUGUCCUUGACGACUUAGACUUUGGCAGCAACUGUAGUCUAUAUUUAUUGUAUCAUAAUAGAUUUCGCCAGAUCACUGUAAAGCUCUUUUUGUAACGUUUUUAUAUUUCAAAAUACUGUAUACCAGCAAUAUAAUUUAAAAGAAUAUGUGUAGCAGCUAGAGGGGAGAAUUAACAAUCAGAUCUUGGGAGUUAAAGGGUUAACAUAAGUGUGACCAGAACACAAUUUCUAUAAUUUAUUUCUGAAUCAUUCAUUAAGAUCAUGGGAAUAAAGGAAAUGAUUACUAACUUAAGAAGCUUUGAUUGUUAGACAAAUUCUCCUUGUCAGUGCCAAAGUAAAUGUAUGGAGAGGAGUGUGGAGAAUAUGGAUACUGAUGUUAGGCUGUGAGGGGUUAAGAGACACCUGCAAAGUAGGCUAAUUGUUUUUCAUAUAAUUUAUUUACUUGUCAAUGGCUUAAACUUCUCUUCAUCAACAUUACAGAUAAUUCUGGAAAAGCAUGGGGAAAAAAAAUUAACUUUUGCACACAACAUAGAAAUAUUUGUUGAAGCUUAAAAAUACAUUAAUGUAUGGGCUUUAAUAUUUUAAAAGUCUGAAAGUUUUCUGACACUUUUGUGUCUGUGCAUAAUGUGAGAG